CAUUGCAGCAGCUUCCAAGAUGGUUUAUUUCGAGAACGUUGCUGCGUCGUAAAGCAUUUCCUACUGGGAUGGCUGAGAAGUUCUCACGAUUUCACGAAGUUCGGGAUUAUCAGGGAAAAGGUGUGGAUGUUUACGAUGACAACCUCAUUGAGCUUGAACAGUCGUCUCUGGCUGAGCCCAUCACAGAGGACAACCUGGGCUACAAGCUGCUCCUUCGGCACGGCUGGAAGAGCGGCCAUGGCCUUGGCAAGAACGAGCAGGGUCGCAGAGACCCCUUGCCGAUCAUUCUCAAAGAGGACAUCAUGGGAUUUGGAAGAAUGGAGAUGGAAAUGGACUAUGCUGAGGAGACCACAGAGAAAAGGAAGACCCUGGAAAUUGAGAAAGAAGAGACAGAAGAGCUCAAGUUAAAGUACAAGGCUGUGCAGGAAAAGGAGAAGGUUGUGCAAGAGGCAUUGGCCACCCUCAAGGCCAAUUUUUACUGCGAUCUCUGCGACAAGCAGUACUCCAAGCACCAGGAGUUUGACAACCACAUGAACUCUUACGACCAUGCACACAAGCAGAGGUUGAAGGAGCUGAAACAGCGCGAGUUCGGACGUAACGUGCUCUCCAAAGUGAAGAGGGAAGGCCGUGGCCGGGAGAAGGAACAGCGAAGGCUACAGCAGCUGGCCGAGCUGAGGGCGCACGUCGCUGUGCUCAGAGGACCUACGGAGAUGGGGACGGGCGAAAAGUUCAGAGGACGCUUCCAACAAAUUGACUCAUCCCAAAAGAUCUAUGACUGGCUCCGGUCCCCAAGUCGUGAUCAAGACGAUGACUCUGACAGUGAUGAAAAUGAAGAAGAGGUCAGCAUGGAUCAAGAUGAUGCAGGCAACAUUACUGACUCCAGCAGCAGAGACCCUGUAGAUACACAGAGCUCCACGGCAAGCUCCUCUGUCUGCACUGCGGCACCUGUCGCAGCACCUGUCGCAGCACCUGUCGCAGCACCUGUCGCAGCACCUGUCGCAGCACCUGUUGCAGCACCUGUUGCAGCACCUGUCUCAGAACCUGUCUCAGAACCCCCAACAACAUUCUUUGAGACUGGAGUCAUGUUCGAACUUCCUCCUCUGCCUGAGAUUCCCCUCCCUGGUAAUCCAUCCACUUCUCCUGGACCUUUGACCUCAGAAGCCAAGCUAGAUCCUGGCCAAGAAAAGUACUCCCCCGAAGAUCCAACACCCAUCCUGCCAGACCAGCAGCCUCCGGCGUUACCAGAGCCCCCUCCACUUGCCCCACCUCCACUGCCUCCAUCCUUCUCUGGACUUGCUGGGCUAGCUGGAUUUCCUGGACUUCCUGGGAUGCCUGGAAUUCCACUUCCUGGUCUUCUGGGUCUACCUGGACUGCCUGGAUUACCGAGCUUCCCUGUGCCUCCUGGAUUUCCUGGACUGCCUGGAUUUCCUGGGCUCCCGGGACCACCUCUGCCUACAGGUUCUUCUGGGGCCCCUGGUCCUCCCAAUAUUAUUGGUUCAAGUGACCCCCCUAGCCUCCAGAUGCCCCCCAUUCCACCUGUGCUGGCUGGCCUUGCUGGCCCUGUUGAACCUCCAAGAACUUUUGGAUCUUCUGGGCCUCUUGCGGCUCCCGGACCUCCUGCGGCUCCCGGACCUCCUGCGGCUUCCGGACCUCCUGCGGCUUCCGGACCUCCUGCGGCUUCCGGACCUCCUGUCUUGUCUGCAUCAACGAUGAGUGGUGGUGCUUCUGGCCCUUCUGGACAACUCGGGUCUCCAACUCCUAAAAGUCCUACGACUGCCGAAUCCCCUGCUACUCCCUUGCCAGAGCCGUCCAAAUCAAAGCUGCUGCUUGGAAAGGCGUUGGCGAAGAAGCGGCUCAUUGCUUUCUCUCUGACCUCCAAGCAACCACUCCAGAAAGCGCUAGAAGUGAAGAGAGCAGCCGCAGGAGCAGCGACAGGAGCAACGGCUUCCUCUUCAAAGUCAGCUGGAGGUGCUCUGUCUUUUAGUUUUGCCCGCAAGGCCCAGGGUAAAGUGGCGUCGGUGCCGAUCAGCUUGUUCAAGGAGGAAGAUGAGCAGACACCCGAGGAGGAUGCGGCAAACUCCGCGGCCGCUCCUGCAGAGAUUUCGGAGUCUGGGCCAGCCAUUGAAGAUUCGGACACCAAGAAGGAGGGGCAAGAGAACAAGCCAUCGGAGGAUGGGCCAGACAAGGACUUUUACCAUGUGGCUCCUCCAGAGAAGCUCAAGGUGAAGCCCAAGUUUGAGUUUGUCAAAUUUGUGAGAAGUGAUCCGUUUGAGCUCAAGCUGCCUCCUGAUGCCACUGAAGGAGUACCCGAAAAACCCAAAAGAGAGCAGGAAGCUAAGGUAGCAGGAGAUGUCAAGAAGCAGAAGGUAUUAGAAGGAAGUGAUGGAGGAAAAGAUGAGAAGCCAGCAAAGGAAGUGGAUGAGGAGACAAAAAGAGAAGGGAAGAAGGAAAAGACGACAGUUGAUGCCAAGAAUGAGCAAAGGAAGCCCAGCAGGAGUCCUCCCAUUAAAAAGAGGUCCAAGGAAAAUAGAAGCAGGUCCCGCGAGAGAAAGAGGAGUGGGUCACGCGAUAGAAAGGGCAACAGGUCUGCUGAGAAAAAAAGGAGCAGGUCUAAGGAGCGCAAGAAAAGCAGGUCUAGGGAGCCUCGAGGGAUCCGUCCAAAGGACCAAAAACAAGGCCGCUCCAGAGAAGAUCGUAGAAGUGGUUCUAAAGAGCGGCGGUCAGGCAGGGCACACGACCGCAGGAGAAGCAGGUCCAGGGAACGGAAGAGGAGCAGGUCGAGGGACAAGGAAAGAAAGGAACGCAAAAGAAGCCGCAGUAGAGAAGGAGGGAAGAAACGGAAUCGAAGCACGGAGAGAAGGAGCCGCUCAAGAGAACGAGACAAGGGAAAGGAUGGAGGGGACAGGCCAAAGAAGGACAGGCAAGAGGAGGACAAGAAGGUCAAGGAGAAGCACUCUAGCAGUGAUGGGAAGAAAGGGGAGAAGGCGAGGGAGCACAGGGGCAACGCCGAAAGUCUUGGAACGAAUGACUCAAAGAAAGAAGCAAAGCACACCAGCUCAUUAAAGAGCCAAGAGGACAAGAAAUCAAGCACCCCCACUGCCGACAAGCAAGUUACCAAUGCCGGAGAAGCUUUUCGGGAGAAAAGAGCACAAGCAAGAUCAAAUGGCUCCCGUGACUUGCAGCCUAUGUCUCCAAGGAGGGAGCUUUCAAAAUCUGAUAAAGAAGAACCCAUUUUAAAUCUGAGUUACGAAGACAGUCCUCUUGAAACAUUUCGGGAGACAGACAGCACUUUCAGCGCAGACGGAGACUUGUGUCGGGAUGGUUCAAGCAAGGUCUUGCUGGAGAUCCUGGAUGAAGAGUUUGAUGACGUUGCUCUUGGCGGAAUUUCUGACAGUCCGCAUGUGAAGCAAAGCUCUGCCAGCCACGUGAAACAAGAAAUCUCCACCCUGGCUGAUUUGUUUGAGAAGGACAUGUCUGCUGAUGUUUGUCAACAAAAAGUGUCGAAUCUUUCUGUUGAACCAAAACAUAGUGCUACAAGAAAAGCUUCCUCGAAUAAAGUCCCAACCUCCGUAGAUAAAGCUGUUAAACAAGAGGAACCAAAAAGAUUCAAGCAGGAGGCUUUAACAGAAAGCGGCACUGCAAAAGAAAAGGAAAGCAGAAGCCAGAAUAAAAAAGUUGAAAAGGCAGAGGACUCCAGCAAAACCACAGCGUUGUCAAGCGAUCCUUUUUUAGGGGAAAGAGAAGUCCUCUGCCAUCAAAAGGGCAUAGGGCUUCUAAAAAACACAAAUGAAAACAAUGAAAUCGGAAAUUAUGCUUCGGACGUUGCACUAGUACCCAAAGAUUUAAAAGCCGAGAAGCACACGAGCAGGUCUAGUGGGCAGGAGGUUUUGCCUGCUGUACAGGAGUGCAAAUCUAAGCCAGUGGCCAUCUCUGCCGAUAAGGAUGUGAAUCUGCUGAAAAAGAAAAAAGCGAAGGCCUUGGUCAGGGCCUCGAAGAAAGGAGAGCAAGCAGGAAAAGCCUCCAAGAGCAAGCGAAAGCUGGAGGCCAGGAAAAAAAAGAAAAAAAGCAAGGUGAGCAGCUCGAGUAGCUCCUCUUCAUCUUCCUCAUCUUCAAGCUCCUCGAGAAGCAGCAGCAGUGGGUCCAGCAGUAGCAGCAGCAGCAGCAGCAGUUCCAAGGGAAGCUCAAGCAGCAGCAGUGACUCAGAGUCUGACGGCUCCAGUAGCUCUUCUUCCAGUUCUAGUUCCAGCAGCUCAAGCAGCUCAUCGUCUUCAUCUUCUUCUCCAGACUGCCCUCGUAAGCUGAAAAAGAAGAGGGAAAAGCUGAAACUGAGGUCGAAGAUGCUCAAAGAGAAGAUGGCUAGAAUGGCAAAGAAGGCUGAGGCACCAAGGGUUUCCGCACAACCGUCGGCAGCUGAGAUGCAAGAGGAGGCCAGGCAGGUCGCUGUGGAUAGGGUAGCGAGCCUAGAGAGUCAUUUCCUCUCGGAGAUGUCGAGCAAGAAGGGCUGUCUACCUGCUUCCACUGCUAUAGAUAAUGCCAUUGACGUGGGUCCUUGCAAGCCUUCGUCUGCACCUGGCAUUGAUCAUGCCGUGCAGUUACAAAGCAAAGAAGGUGUGGGUGUGAAAACCCUGAAGCCCACCGAAAAGAGCAGUCCCAUUGCCCAGGAAAAACCUUUGCCUAAAAGUUCUACCAGCCAUACUCAUGCUUCAAAAAAUUCUGGCUUGAAGUUGGAGAAGAUGUCAAAUUCUGAAAGUAAAGAUGAUGCUUGCUCCGUGAAACCACCUCCAAGGUAUGCUGCUGAAACUUUAACAGAAGUCAAAGCAAAUUUUGAAAGUAAGGAUGAUGCUUGCCACGUGAAACCACCUCCAAGGUAUGCUGCUGAAGCUUUACCAGAAGUCAAAACUUCUACACCGAAGUCCGACGAGGUAUUAUCCAAAAGUCAAGAAGUUCAGCUGCCAAAACCCACGACCAAAUGCACCUCUGAAAAACAAUCAGAUUCGGCGGGUUCUAAUUCGAAAUCGGCAAAGGUUGCCCUGGCUAUCUCUAAUGAAGAUGUGCCACGCACAAAGUGUGCAAUCACUAGCACCAAUGAUGGUCCUACCGCACCAACAAGUUCAAAGACGGGGAAGGUUGAUAGCACUGACCACGGUGAAGAUGCGAGAAACAACUACAGGAAAAAAGCUCGGUUGGACGAAAGUUUAAAAAAAAGGAUCUCUGGUCCUAACGAAAGUAAUGAAAGUAGUGGAACAAGUGAGCGCAAGAAAAGAAAGGAUGCAUCAACAUCUUUUACUGAAGAGUGUGCAAGCCUACCCAAGAGAAAGAAAACCCCGGAGCAAGAUCCUAAAGUUGCUAAAAAGUCUCGUAAUUCUGGUAGUGGCCAGACCAACAAGCAGGUGUUGGGAAGCAAAACAGAAAAAGUGACUUCUGCACAUAAAAGUUUGAAUGUGCCAGAGAAACCAUCUGGAACUAAUACUAAAGCCAAGCUUUCAUCUGAGGCAAAGAAAGAGGACAAGGAAAAGAAAACACAAAAGGAGAAAGAACAGCUGAGAAAUGAAGCACUUGCAAAAGCUCGCAAGGAUAGCGCCGAAGUCAUCAAGGUGAAGUCGCUUGAUCGCAAGAAGGAAAUCAAUUGGCCGAUGUCCCUUAUCAAGUACACCAACAGCAAACCCUUCAUUUCAUAUGGAUGCAACCCUGUGUAUGGUAACAUUCACAGUCUCGUCGUUGGAAAGAAAGAUGCUCGUGAAGAGGCUUCAUGUGUGGUGCAAAAAGCUGAAAAACCAAAACUGACACCUCGAGCAGUGUCUCCGGACCUAAAAGUCAUGUCCGGGCUGCAAGCACUGCAAUGCUUGUACGACAAUGCGGACAGCCCAGAUCAACCUGCGAGAAAUGAGGACUCGGGGAGCGAAGUCGAAAAAAUAGAGGAGCUCCCUAUCCGAAAAGAGGUCAAGGCGAACAUCCACGAUGACAUCAAGGUAAACAACAAAAAAUCUACUGAAGAGAAUAUUUUGAAGUCAGUCUCAACACCUGUUGCUUUAGAUGAGCCAAAACAAGAGAUUGAGCCAGCCCAACCUUCAGACUCCAUCAGGGACCCUGGCUUAUCUUCAGACUUGGUGUCAGGUUUAAAAGACGAACUGGAACCACUUGAACAAGAGCAAAAUGCUCUAGAGGAGUCUCUCCUUGUGGGGGAGCCCCCUGUUAUAGAGGAAACCCCCCCUGUGGAGAAGGACCUUGUAGAGGACUCUCUUGUGGAGAAUGACCCUCUUGCAAAGGAAGACCCUCUUGCAAAGGAAGACCCUCUUGUAAAGGAGGACCCUCGUGUAAAGGAGGACCCUCGUGUAAAGGAGGACCCUCUAGUAAAGGAGGACCCUCUAGUAAAGGAGGACCCUCUAGUAAAGGAGAACCCUCUUGUAAAGGAAGACCCUCCUGUAAAAGAGGACCCUCUCGUAGAGGAGGCCCCGCUCAUAAAGGAAAACAUUUUUGUAAAGGAAGACUCCGUUGUAGACGCCUUGCACCUUGAUGGCAACUCCAAGAAGAGAGCCGUCUCUGUGGACACUAACACUGACAAGAAAAUCAUGGGUCACCCUUCAACUGCGCCAAUGCAGCUUUCCGACGAUGAGCAAGAAAUGGCUGUGGUGUUGGAUUCUGAACUGUCAAUUGAAGAGAAAAGGUUCAUCAAGUACAGCCGCAACAUUCUCACCGAUCGAACGACAGCUUUAGCGGCAACAGGUUUGCAAGAUCAUCGAAGUGCCUAUGAAAGCCAUCAUUUUGCUGAAAAUUGCCAGCCAGAAAAGGAGUUGCAAACACAGGCUACAACUGUACUCGAAGUGGACACGGCUGCAUUGCCCAGUCCAGUCGCCAUCCUCGGUCCUGUGCAGGCUACUGUUGCAGGGGUUGACAAAGACUUGACUUCGGAGUAUGAAAAGUUCAUGGAACAGCUGAAUUUAGGUAGCUGCAUCGAAGUGGAGGUUGCUCAGGAAGUCGAAGUUCCCUGCGAAGAGACCUUGAUCAUGGAGCCUGAACGUUCACCCGAUGCUAGCUACAUGGCUGAAUGUGGCCCUAGUGUGGAAUAUCCUGUAGUGCAAUCUAAGAAUGCCAGUGCGCUAGGAACUGUUGUCACUGACACUUCGUUAGACAGUCCUGUAAAAGGAAUGAAACAAGAAGCAUUGUUGGCAGAUGCUUCUAGGUUGGUGGCAACCUGCGAGAUGGAAGAAAGAAGCAUACUACCAAAUGCAGCUCAUUCCUCUUGCACAGCAGUGCCCUCUUUUCAUCUUGCUCCCGUCACUGCACCUACUCCAGUCGUUCUUCCAUCCUUGGAACCAUUUUCCGCUCAUCCUAUCACUUCCACCCACAUUCCUAUUCUCGCCUCCGUUUCUGUUCCUGCUUGUACCGCUGCAGUUGUUCCAUUGGCUACCCCCAGUGUACCUCCAUCAGUCCAGCCUCGUGUCCCUGCUUCAACAUCUCUGCCAACAUCACUUCCCUCCUCGGUUCCAAUCAAGGCCCCCUCCUUCUCUCUGCCUGGGCUGGCCAUCCCACCUCCUGUUCCCGUUCCCGCUCCCAUCCCCGUUCCUGUUCCUGCUCCUGUGCCAAGCCCCGUUCCCGUUCCAAGCACAACGACGUCCCAGACUGCGGCUGUGUCAUCCAGAAUGAGUGUCGCAGCUUCAGGCUCUGUACCAGUAAUAACCUUGAAGAAAUCGCACAGAAGAAAACAUUGCGACACCGUUAAAGCGUCUAGCAGCGUGGAAGAUAUCCCUCGGCACACGCGAAAGGUCGCGAUUGUGAGCACGGUUCAGCCUCCUCCGAGUAGCACCGCCACUGGCAAACCGGAAGCCACGCAGCAGCAGGUGUCGAGCAGCAAGAACAUCUCGCGGCCAAUUAUCAUCAAGGUGCAAGCAAACAAGGACAUCCGCACCGAACAGAUCCCAGAUGCCCUCCGUGCUCCCACCUGCGAAAGCACGCAAGUCGUCGAGCAGCCAUUGCCCGAAGUCUGGGACGAAGUCGAGAUCCAGAACGAAGUCUGCGUGGAAGACAAUGCCAGGUUCCAGCAAUCUUCCGGAGACGACAUGUUCGUCGCAGUCAUGGAUACGGAAGACAUCUGCCUGGCAGCCGUAGAGGAAGUGGCCUGCUCUUCGUCGGACGACCUAUCCUGCGUCUCCGCACCCUCCCCCUGCCUGCCAGACCUCGGAAUGCCGGCGCCUCAUGAGCCAGUCGAGGUGGAGGUCGUGGCGGAUGUUGUGGCGGAAGAAGAGAGGGCUCCACCACCGCCCCCUCCUCCCCCCAAGUUCCUGCGACUCAAACCCCGCCGGAGCAAGACGGUGGAGCAGGCCCUACCGUCGCCGGUGAGCUCCUCCUCCGGCUGCGGAGAGGAGGACGAGGCGGGCGACGGCGACUCCCCUCCACCUCCCCCACCUCCCCCGGGACGACCCCCGGCCCCCGUCAAGUGUCUGGUGCUGCCCCCUCCCCCCGCCACGGGGAUCCUGAUCCCUGCGGGAAGGGGCUCUCUUUCGGGGGAGCCCAAGAAAUCGGUGACGUUUGCCGACGGCAUCCCCCCCGGCAGAGACCCCCCUGCCGACCAGAGCUCCUCGGGCGGUGCCCCCUCCCCACCCCCUCCGCCGCCCCCUCCCCCCCGGGAGCGCAGGCACCGCACCAGGGUCAAGGUGAUUAUGCCCUCCUCCAUCGUGGACAGGCUGCCGCCGCCCCCUCCACCCCCCAAGAAGGCCCCCGCAGCGACGGUCGUCGCGGCGACGCCAUCUGCUGCACCAGCUCCCGUUGCCGUGGAGGCAGUAGGAGCUGCUUACGCGCAGUACGGAGUGCACUUGCCGCAACAGGCGGGCUAUCCGGCUGCAGCGUACGCAGUCCCCUACAACAGCUACCCCGCGGGAUAUGCCGUGCCCUACGCCGCACACCUCGCACAACAGCAGGCGUACACGUACGUCGCUGCCACCCAGGCCUCCCAUCAUCCCCAACUGCAGCCUCAGCUUUACGCAAAUGCCGCAACUGUUGCAAACGCCGCGACUGCAGUGUAUUACCACCAGCAGCAGCAGAUGAUGCAGACGGUUCCCGUGCAAGCGCAGCAGCCACCACAGCCUCCGUUGCCUCCUCGACCCCCAACGUAGGCUUUUAUAUCUUUUUUCCCAUCUCUCAUUUCAUCUCCGAGUGCGUGGCUCUGCUUUGGUUUCUCGGGUCCGCAUUGAAAAAGGGGUCAUAAUGGGGUGUAAUGAACUACUGUUUGUUUGUGGAAACAGUUUAUAGAAAUUGAGCCUCAUACAUGUGCACCAUGUCAUGGAAGGAAGGAAUGCAGACAGGCAUCUGAAUGAGUGGAUAGUUACUUAGUUGAGCUGGGACUGUUCACUGCUAGGAUGAAACCAUUGGUUCUCAAGUGCUGUUGCUUGAUCGAGCUUCGAUUGGGACUUGAAGGGAGGGCCUCCCGUGGGCCCCUUGCUCACUUCGGAUAUGGACUUUUUGUUGGAGCAGAGCUCUUUGUUGUCACUUGUGUAAAUACUUGUUUUUGUGAUCCAUAGAAUAAAGCGAUGGUAUUCUUGUCACCUA